AUGCCUUUCAACACGAAGCUCACCAGAGCUUUGGGGAUCAGAGUUCCCAUAGUUCAAGGUGGAAUGCAAUGGGUUGGGUACGCCGAACUUGCCUCUGCUGUUAGCAAUGCAGGCGGACUCGGUAUCCUCACUGCUCUCACUCAACCUACCCCCGAAGACCUUCGGACAGAAAUCCGAAGAUGCAAGACCAUGACGAAGUACCCAUUCGGCGUGAACAUUACCCUCCUUCCUGCCAUGGUCCCCCCGGACUACGGCGCAUACGCCCAGGUGGUUAUGGAUGAGGGCAUCCGAAUAGUUGAGACUGCAGGAAACAGCCCCGGGCCAGUGAUCAAGCAGUUAAAGUCUGUUGGCACCAUUAUCCUACACAAGUGUACCACAAUCCGGCACGCACAGAGUGCUAUCAAUCUCGGCGUAGAUUUUCUAAGCAUUGAUGGGUUCGAGUGUGCUGGCCAUGUCGGCGAGACUGAUAUUACGAACUUCAUUCUGCUCAGCAGAGCUCGACAGUCUCUCAGUGUGCCAUUCAUUGCUUCUGGUGGCUUUGCAGACGGCCAGGGACUUGCGGCUGCUUUGAGCCUGGGUGCAGAAGGUAUCAAUAUGGGAACACGCUUUAUGUGCACAGUUGAAGCACCGAUCCAUAUCAAUAUCAAGAGGGAGAUUGUGCAAGCUCAAGAAUCCGAUACUGAACUCGUUCUACGGAGAUGGAAGAACACAAGCCGGUUGUAUAAGAACAAGGUUGCCACUGAGGCCGUGAAAAUUGAGAAGGAGAGCAAAACAGGUAAAUUUGAGGAGGUAGCGCCGUAUGUGAGCGGUAAAAGGGGUAGGGAGGUUUUCAUCAAUGGAGAUCCUGACUAUGGGGUAUGGACUGCUGGUCAAGUCAUCGGGCUCAUUCAUGAUAUCCCAACCUGUGAUGUGCUAGUUAAAAGGAUUGAGCGCGAGGCUGAGGAAACUCUUAGCAAAGCAUCAGCACUUAUAGUGCCAUCUAGCAAAUUGUAG